GGGACUGCCCGAGCCGAGCUGAGAGCGCGUGCGUCCACACCGCCCAGUGCCUGCAGCGGCGCCGAGCCGACACCUGGCGCAGCCCGCGCGCACGGUGCAGCAGGGCCGGCCGGCCGCCACGGGGGCCACGACGCCCUCCACGAUGUUACCGCCAGAGAGGUCGAGAAGGGGCUCGACGUCCUCGGCAAGGGGCCCCUGGAGGCCAUCAGCGAGCCGAUCCGGGAGCCGUGCGGCAGCGCGCCCACCCUGCACGGCGCCCCAGCACGGGCGGACGGGCUUCUUCGGCGGUUCUGCCAGCACCGCCCCCGCCGUCCAGGGUUACGGCACGCUUUCCCAGGAGAAGGGCCGUCCUGGCGCUGUGAUCAUGGCCAUCUCCUAUGCCCUCGUGCUGCUGCUGGGCGACGGCCUCGGGAGGUCCCUUCCGCACCAGACCGCGCAGCGAGGUGGCGAGUCACGUGUGCUCCGCGGACGGCCUCCCGCUCCCAGGAGGGCUUCGAGAGCGGCCUGGCGGCGCAGUCCGUCGAUGAUAGUGUCUGCUUCUUGCUGAGGCGGGUCCUCCAUGCACGAGGUGCUGCCCGAGGACCUGCGGAACGACGGGACGCACGAGCUCACCACAGGGGGACCCUCGACGGGGCGACCUCUCACCCGAGCGUGGCGGCGCUCGACGUCGGAGGAGUCGUCGAAGAGGCGCCCGAGCGUCUGCCCCCGAGGGGCUUCUGCCGGGACGAAGGAGCAGCUCUGCCCGCCCAGGUCCACGCAGGAGCCCGCGGCGCUGCUGCCGGCGCGCUGCGCAUCGGCGCCGCGGGCAGGCUCCGGCGCGUCGUCGCCGGCAGGGCGGGGCAGCUCUGCGGGUGCCAAAUCUCUCGGAGAGCGUGGCGGUAG